GAUUGCAGCGAGUCGUCGCUAGUCGUCGCUUUCAUCGUGAUCGUUGUGCCUGUCACGAACAAGACCCUUUUUUUUCUCCCCCCGCUGAGUUAUUUUCGCGUGUGUGUAUUUUCGGGAUAAAUUUUCAGGACUGCGAAAUAUGUGUCUAUGUAUGCAGUUGACUCGAUAAUACUCGGUCGCGAAAUAUGUCAGCGGACGCGACCGAUCCGGACGGGAUUCUUACGCGCACAGGAUACAUCCAUGAUGGUUGUCUCGUCGAUGAAAUCGAUCUCGUUGAUUUAUCGGACCUGGAGCUCGAUGACAACGACGAUUGGUUGUACAUACCUCCACGAUGUUCAACCGAAUCUACAAAUCAUGAUCUGUAUGCCUGGCUGAAGACAGAACCAGAACUGGAUAUUCGAGAUAACAAAAAAUGUAUUGACACAAGAACCUUUACGAGACCUAAAAGACGAUCGGCUCGCAUGAGUUUCGAGUCGAUUUUCGAAGGAUUACCACCUUCCAUUAAAGGUAUAUGGAAACCUCCAAGUAAAGAUGUUACGCAUACAGAAGAUGAAGAAAAGAGCUUACCCGUAAUGAUCGAAGACCAAGAAUCCGUGCCACUGAUGCUAAAGCCAUCCGCGAAAGCGGCCAUGAAUGCUUCAAGCAAUCAAUCAUUCGUACCAGUAUCGGGACAAGAAAGUAUGGAGGCCUUCUUAAACAUGUCACAAUCCAAAGGAAUUGAUUCGUUCAUAAAUUUAGGCGAACCCGAGUUCAGCAGCGAUUUACUGAUGAAUGUGUCGCAGCCUUCUCUUUUAUACAUGUCCAUUACUUCAUCUAUGAACGAACUUGCGAAUCUGUCAGUCAUUAAAAGCGAUAUAGUACCGGUAGCAUCAACGAAUACCGAUAAAAAGGACAGCAACGUAGAAGAAUUGUCGAAUUCUAGUAGCAGCAUUAAUGAAACGUUUGUGAUGCAAACCGCCGAUGAGACAAUCAUAGAAAAUAGCUUGGAUCGCACGCAUUCUCUGAGCAAGACUUUCUGCGAAGAACCACCUGUUCAAUUGAAUAGAGGCUUAAAUGAAACUUACGACACUGAAGCUCCUAGCGAAGCAUCAGCAUCGCGGCCGAGUCUCGACAAAGAAGACACUGACGCGGCUGCUCUGUCUUCCACUUUCGUGACCGAACGUAACGUUGACGCUACCUUCGUGAAAGCAUGCGGUCAAGCGGAUAACGACAUCAGGCCAUUGGAUACUACGUAUUUAUCCUCGGCGGAGCAUGCCGAGGGAGCAAAUUUGCCGGCGUCGACUAGAAACGACACCUACACGUCUGUAGCGCGCGCGAACACGGCAGAUUUGAACGUGACGUGCGACAUCGUGACCGAGGAAAUCGAGGAGCCCGCGACAUUUCUCGAGACACCCGCGGACGAGAACGCGUUCGACGUAUCGUUCAAGGUGCUUAUCUGUAAUCAAUCCACGCCGAUGAAUCCUAACGUGCUGAAUCCAGCGUCGAAACUCGCGACGAAACGUCCGGACCAGUCGCGGCAAGCCUCGUACCCCACGCGGAAAGCUGCCACGUCGCUGAGACGCGAGUUGCUGGCGGAGAUUCAGCGGAGCGGCGAGCGUAAGCUGGACUCGACGUACAAUCAUAGCGAUCGCACCGAUCACGCGAGGGACAACACCAAGACAAAUAUCUGCGCAGCCUAUAGUGAGAACGAGAUUGACGUUCCGCCUACGAACAGAUACAACACGUAUAGGAAAUCGACGUUGACGGCCGCGGCAAAUCAGUGCACGAGCCGGAACGAGACCGCAGCCGCUCAAAAGGAAUUGCCGGAUCAGCGUAAAUUUUAUACGUUCACGAAGAAGGGCAACAAUUACGUCGAGAAGGCUGACAGCACUGACACGAAUCGAAACGCCGAGCAGACACCGCGUCCGAAUCUGGACGGGACGUUUUGCAAGCCGCCACCGCCUAAGGCGCAGGGCAGGAACAUGCGAAAGAUGCUGUCGAAAUUACCGCAAUUCUUGCAGAAGUCUAAUCCGAAUCUGGUGUCGGGUUCGUUGAAGGCCGGGCACACCGCGAGCGGCUUGCCCGUCGGCUGCAUCUCCAACAUCGGAUACAUGAAGGGCUCGCAACCGAACAUCGUGCAGAACAUUGCGGAGAAAUCGCAAUUGCAUCCGAGCAAGCUGCAUCCGUAUGGCAAGCUGAAAAGCGGUUCCGAGCAACGGCUCCUCGAGAUGAACGUGAAUGCGAAUAGUCAGUUUCCGAUGAAAGGUCUGACCGCCGGCUCAACGGAGAGUAUAGAGAGCACCCAGAGUGCUCACAGCGCUCCCGAUUUGGAUGACAGGCUGAGUACGUGCUCCGACAGCAGCAGUCAGAAUUCGUGUACCAGGCCUGCGAUGAAUAUCGAGCAGUUACAUCAAUUAGUACGAAUGCAAGAGGAAAGUCUAAAACAAGAUUCAGCGGUGAAACCGAACAUACGGGUUCUAGAGAACACUUGGGUCGAAGCUAAGACGGAUCUGCCUUCCCCGAUUCUGAAGAACGGUGUUGGAUAUAACGAAAUGGAUAGACACGCAAUGUUAAAUACCGAUUUGAGUAUGAAAUGUAGUUCUCCGAUAAUAAGUCCUAUGGGGUCUAGUCAUGCAUUAAACAACGAUGGAACUUCUGAAGACAACGUUGCAAAGACUAAGGAUGAAGUUACAGUAAGUGAUAAGACAGAGGAUCCGGAUCAACUAGUGCCUAAAGUUGAGAGUAAGACUCGAUUGAGACAGCCGACCAAUUGGGGUACCAGAAGCAAGCCAGCUACUGUGAUAAGUGGAAUUCCUAGACCGGCGUCGCGUAUACCGGCUUUAAGAUUCGCCCGGCCGAACGCGAAAGCCACUCAGGGCGAUCUGAGAAAGGGGAACACGUGAAACUGCAAGCGGUACGAACAUGCAGAGAAACGGGAAAAAUAUUUACUCGUAAAUAUAUUGUAUAUAUUUACGAGUAAAUAUUUUUCCCGUUUCUCUGCAUGUGCCGUUUGACAUUUCACGUGUAUUCCGUUCUCAGAUCGCCUUGAGUGGCUUUUGCGUCCAAACAUGCUUCUCAUAAUUUAAUUUAAUUUAAUUUAAUCAGGACGUGGUGAGGAUACAGUAACGAGGAUAUAUUUUUAGUUCUAUUGUGUAAUAAUAAUAAUGAAGGUUUUCUCGAAGCUGAUAAAAAUUCAGUAUUAUUGAGCUUCCAAGAGUGGGACGAUAAAAAGAGUUAGUAAUAAUAUUGGCAUGGUUUGUAUUCCAUUUAUGAUAUAAAAUGUAUCGCGUGUCGUGUGUUAUUAUUCCGAUGUAAAAUGCAUAUAUGCGUUUGUUCUUUUUUACGACUCGAAGCACGAUCUUGUUGAUAUGCAUUAAAAACUAUUUUCUCAUGUAUUAUUACACAAACUUGUAAAAUACUUGGAAAGUUUGGCUAUUAAUUACAAUGUUGAAACAUGCUAUCUACAUCGCAGAUGAGACCAUUUAAGUUUAUCAGUUUUUAUUGUUGCCAAAACUAUGGUUCCAAGCUGCAGAUAGUAUUGGUGUUGUUUGUAGUUUCUACAAAAUCUAGGAAGCAAAAUUUUCCAUUCGGUAUUUUACUAUAAAUCGAAGGAGAAAGUUAUUUUUUGAUAACACGAUAGUUAGUACGUACAAGCAACAACAAUAAAUCCAAAUAUUUGUAUAUAAUAAUAAUAAUAUAUAACAUUAUAAAACGUUAAGUAUUUUCUGUUAAAUAACGAUAAACAACAAUUCGGCCAGAAAUCGCAAGAAGUGAAAGCAGAUGACUGCGAGUGUAACUGACAUUUUUAAUAAGGUAGUAUUCAAAUCUCUAAUUCCGGAUCAUCCGUCCUGUUCGACAAUUUGAACAUGUUCCCUUUGAAAAGUUCGUUUGUUCCAAUGUUUUGCCAAAUGUGAAACAUAUCGCGCUUAUAUUAGAUAAAGAAAUUAUACCAGGUUGACAUAAUGAUGCAAGAAACUUGUUCGGUCCACACGUUAGUAUCAUCAGUAUUUGAACAAAUCUACUAUUGAAAGUCUGAUACACAAGUUCGAUGUAUGUGAGCAAAAAAUAAUUGAAAUCGUAAAAAUAUUUUGUAAGUUCACGUGUUAUUGAUGAUACAUCGUAGCUGUAUCAUCAAUAUAUACAUAUAUAUAUACAUUUUAUAGAAAGUUUUCACUUUUAUACAUUAUUAAAAAAACUUGCAAAGCUGCACCUCGAUUUAUCGUAUGGAUUUCUAUCUGACGCAAUGAACAAAUGGUAGCGUCCAUACUCUUUUCUUCAUUGUUUGCUCAGAAAAGACGUCUCUAAUUUAACUCAAAUAUUCCGCCAGCAAAUUGUCAAUUAUACAAUUGAAACAUAUCAGAAUAAAAUUAUAAAAAGGUUAUUUAUACAAGUAACGUUUUUAUUAUAAAAAAUUUAUAAUAUUUCUAUCGAGAACGAUUGAUAUAGUACAAUGCGCAAUUUCAGGAAUAUUCAGCUGAAGAGUCUUACAUUGCUAACACUUACUUAAAAGGCGUAAUGCUAACGCGUGAAUUUUAAUUAUAAUUAUAAAUCCGAAUUGGGAAACAACGUCAGAGUAGUGUAUACUUAUUGUAAAUAAUAAAAAAAGGAAAAGUGACCGUCGUAUCGUAAUCUUUAUUUAUGUCAAUAAAUGCUAGACCUUAAGUGCCUUUAUUGUAUUAAUAGAGAUACAAACAGCGGUUUUUAUACAUAAGGAUACAAAAAUUAAGAAAAUGCGCUCACUAAUCUAUCGAGUUUUACUGCCCAAAUAAUGCUGAAAAUAUUUAAUGUUACCUUUUUUUACAAACAUUGUAAUAAUAAAUAAUAUAUAUUAUUACAUACA